AUGAGUGACCAGACAACUUUUUCCAAUAACGAGGCGGCUUUUGCCAAGGGAAAGGGCAAGGCCGAUCCCGCGCAAGAGAUGAGCAUGGACGAGGACAGUGAGUCGGAGAGCGAGAUCGAGAUUGCCGACAAUGAUGAGGAGGACGAUGGACAAGACAACCUCAACGAUCCCAUCGACCAAAGCAACAUUAUCCAAGGUGGCCGCCGCACACGCGGCAAGGUCAUUGACUACUCAAAGAUCUCCACCGAUGAGAUGGAAGAUGACGAUGACGAUGAUGAGGAAUAUCAGAGCCGCGAGGACAUAAAUACCAACGACGAUGACCAGAUGCGCGACUAA